AUGGCAUCUUGCAAAGCAUGCGAGGAGCCUCUUGUGCUUCGUGUGGCUGCUAGUGAAGACGACGUGGGGGGUGUCGGGACCAUCGAUAUUCCAGAUGAUGUCAGACUUCCAUGCCGUUGUCAUUACCACUGGCAGUGCCUCAUGGAUAGCGCUUCUUCGGUAGUAUCCAGCUUACAGUGCCCUUCGUGCGGAAAGGAUAUAUCGAGCUCGGCCGCAUCUACAACUAGCAGUUCUAGUGCAAAGGACAUUCAUGCUAUUCUUGUACGGUACAUAAAUGAGGGCGGUGUGCAGGAUUGUUUGGAUAUUUCGCCAUCGAUGAGAGAGGAGGCAUAUUUGGAGGCGCACCCCGAAGCUGCUCCAGCGAGAGCCUUCCAUGUGAUGUGUGCAGAGGGCGAUAUCGACGGUCUCGUCGAGCUGCUGUAUCACUCGGACGACCAAGUCCCUGACAUCGGUUCACUGAUUCGAUAUCAGGACCCUUUAUCCGAGAUGAAAAGUGGACUUCAUUUGGCCGUCGAAAACCGGCAAGAGGGUGUCGCGUGGCUGCUACUGUGGCUUUCGUCUUCGCUGCCUUCAGAUGUUUUUCCCUUCGAGGCAAGGCAAAGCGUUGAGUCUGUCGGUCUUAGACGACUUGAGGUCGGUAAACGCACUGAUAUCCGGGGCAUCUUGGACAGUAAAGGACGCACUGCUGCUGUUCUAUCUGUACAGCUGGGUAGCCCGCAUUUGAAGCUCGCCGAUUUGGACCCCCGAAUCGAAGCUCGGGUUACAAAGACAACGGUGGCACUGUGCAGUGGAAAGUCGGGGCUUCGGCCGGGACUUCUCAUCAGACAGCUUGUCCCCCAACGUGCAGCCAGCUCACCGCGGCGGCGAAUCAUGGGUACACAAGACGAAGGAGCGCUCAAUGGCAAGCCAAAAAGCGAAGAAUAUCAGGAAACCCCAUACUGGAGCUCGGCUCUGAGCUCCAUCGGAAUUUGGAACACUGCCAAACCUUCCGCAAUCCAAUCCGAGGAAGAGGCCGCGGAAGAAGCAAAUGCGCCCAAAUCCAAGACUUUGACGGAUCAUCUCACCACGGCAUUCUACGGCCAAAGCUCGCGAAGCUACCCCAAAGAAUGCCCUUUCCUCGAAGUCCAAUGGUUCCAUGCUGUUGAUGUGCCAAAGAGGACCACGUUACCAGCAUUCAAUGUAAAGUGCGCCAGCGAGACGAAAGCGCCAGUCAAGCCCAAGAAAUUCUCCGCAUUCUCCACGGAAGACUCCAGAAGGAUUGAACUCCAGUAUCAAAGCCUCAUCGAAGCCGACGAGGAGCGACGCAGUAGGAAAGGCUCGAAAGCUUCACCGCAGUGCAGUGCCAGCGACUCCACGAGCAAGGAUACCUGUGUGCCAGUUAAUGAAGAUUUUCUGUUUGAUGUAAGCAUCAAACGGCGGGAGCUUUGCCCCGUCUACUGGCUGGGUCCCGUUUACGAAGUUCGCCGGGGCACCUGGUUUUUCCAAGAUGGCUCUAGCUUACGACCAUGCGAAGAAAAUCUCGCUGCGCAGUUGGAGGAAGGGUACCUGAAAAUGAAAGCAUGGUCAAAACCAGAGAAGAGAGUCAAAUCAAAGCAGGAUAGUGUCUGCUCAACAGCUAGAGAAAAUGGAGUACCUGUCGUAGUGGCAGGUAGUAGUGGGCCAGAAGUAGAGGCGAAGCAGGUUAAGCUAAAAUCUCAUCGCCUCUUCGGAACCUACAUGAACAACACGGUAACAUAUGAAGAUUCUAGCACCGCCUGGCUAGUAUCAGAUGGUGUCUUGUCCUGGGUGGCGACAUCUAUCUAUGAGCGCUUUGCAGGGGGGGGGCACAUGAGCGGUGUCAAGUUGAUCAGAGGCUAUACAGACCAGAACAAAGCCAGAGAAAAGGAGAAGAGCGACAAGAAAAAUCCGCCGACUGGUACUGACAAUCACAAAGCAGCCGCACAUUUACCACGCAGCGCAGAUGCGGCCGCAACUAGCCAAACAUCUACCGCAGCUGCGGCGCUGACCGGCAAAGCCAUGCUCCAAAGGAGGCUCUCGACCAUUAUCGAAAGUAAAGAUCGCCGCAUCGCAACGAGCAGCAAUGACGUGCAGAAGCUGAACGAGGAAGAAAUGCGUCAUGAUUACUCAACUCUGAGUGGAGAGUCGCAGAACCGAGACAUUGAGCAUCUGGUGCUGGUCGCGCAUGGAAUCGGGCAGCGAUUGAGUCUACGGACACAGAGCGUAAAUUUCAUCCACGAUGUUAACGUUCUGCGUAAGACUUUGAAGAGCGUAUACACGAACUCACCCGAGCUUCGAUCCAUGAAUAUCGAUGAAGGGGACGGUCCAGGCAAUUGUCGCAUGCAGGUUUUGCCAAUAUGCUGGCGCCACAAAGUUGAUUUUCCAAGAGGAAGGAAGAGGAAAACGCAAACCGACGAAACAGAUGUUGCUGAGGCCCAUGACGAGGAAGAAAUGUAUCCAACGCUAGAAGACAUCACAAUAGAUGGCGUUUCGUUUGCCCGAACGCUCAUCUCCGACUUGGCUCUCGAUGUUCUUCUUUACCAGAGCUCGUACAGAGGCGAGAUUGCGCAGACCGUGAUCGAGGAGUCGAACCGGAUCGUCAACCUAUUUCGGCAACGAAAUCCGGAAUUCAAAGGCAAAAUACACCUUGUUGGCCACUCUCUGGGCUCUGCGAUACUGUUUGACAUCCUUUGCCAUGAAAACAGGCAGCGUCGCCGCGAUUCGAAGCCAAACCCUUUGCGUUUUUUGCCUCACCGUGGCUCCACGCGAUUCGAGACGAACGAUACGCUAGAUUUCGACGUGGAAGAUUUCUACUGUCUAGGGUCUCCAAUUGGCUUGUUUCAAAUGCUCAAGGGCAGGACUAUCGCCGCACGCCAGUCCGAACGGAACGUUUCCAGAGUAGGCUUGACCAGGGCCGUGGAUUCGGGAAGCACGAAUGAUGGCUUUAUAGCUGAUGCCAGUUCCGGCUGCGCCGUUUCGCGCCCAGAUGCUCAGCAGCUGUUCAACAUAUUUUAUCCCUCCGACCCAAUCAGCUAUCGCCUGGAGCCUCUGGUUGCGUCUUGCAUGGCUUCUCUGAAACCACAUAACCUUCCCUAUACCAAAAAGGGUAUAUUUGGAGUGGUAGGGUCGCAGGGACUGACUGGAAUCGGGACCAAAGUCAGUGGCCUCUUUUCCAGUUUGAGCACCGGGCUCUCAACCAAUUUGCUGCCCUCUUCACUUCGGAUUACCAGCGAAGAGGCGCAGGUAAUGAUGGGAGAAGAUAAAUCCCCGGAGACCUCUGCUGUGUCAACACCGAAGGAAACUAAAAUGAGGGGAAAAGAUACGGUCAGCGAUAGCCAGGGUAAAGAGAAUGAGGAGGCAAUCCUGGCCAACCAGAGCAGUCAAAUCUUUACACUAUACUCACGAUUCCAGAUGAGUGAUGAGCGCAGCGAAGAAGUCCCAAAAGACGCCGAUGCUGACGGCAAGGACCACAAUACCCAGAAACAGCGGACGGCCCAGAGGAAAGUCUGGGCACUCAAUCAAAAUGGACGCGUCGACUUCAGCAUACAAGAGGGAGCUUUGGACUUCAACCCGAUUAGCACUAUUGCUUCGCACAUCGGAUACUGGGGCGAGGAGGAUGUAAGCCACUUCAUGCUGUCUCAAGUCCUGUCGCGGGCAGAAAAGCAAGCUAGUGAAAAGCCGGAUUAA